CUCGCUUCACUUCCACUCCGUAGAUCAGGAUAGUGAUAGAGAAGCUUGGCUCUCAUCAAGGCUUCCAUCCUCUUAUCUAUCGCUUCCAAUCGCUUCCACUCCAAAAAGCACUCGACUAAAGGCAAGGACCACCUGCAACCCUCCACCUCAGAUCAUGACUACCACCACCUGCACCCGCUUCACUGAGGAAUUCCAGAUGUUUGAGGAACUGGGCAAGGGAGCUUUUUCAGUGGUGCGGCGGUGCCUGAAGGUCCUCUCAGGUCAAGAGUAUGCUGCUAAGAUUAUCAACACCAAGAAGCUAUCUGCCAGGGAUCACCAGAAGCUGGACAGAGAGGCCAGGAUCUGCCGACUGCUGAAACACUCCAACAUCGUGCGUCUCCAUGACAGCAUCUCAGAGGAAGGGCAUCACUACCUGAUCUUUGACCUAGUGACGGGCGGGGAGCUCUUCGAAGACAUUGUUGCUCGAGAGUACUACAGCGAGGCUGACGCCAGUCAUUGUAUUCAGCAGAUUCUGGAGGCAGUGCUUCAUUGUCAUCAGAUGGGAGUCGUUCACAGAGACCUCAAGCCUGAAAACCUUCUGCUUGCCUCCAAGUCCAAGGGAGCUGCAGUGAAGCUGGCAGAUUUCGGCCUGGCCAUCGAGGUGGAGGGGGACCAACAAGCCUGGUUCGGCUUUGCAGGGACACCUGGUUACCUGUCUCCUGAGGUCCUGAGGAAGGACCCAUAUGGCAAAGCUGUGGACCUGUGGGCAUGCGGCGUGAUCCUGUACAUCCUGCUGGUGGGCUACCCUCCGUUCUGGGAUGAGGACCAGCACAGACUGUACCAGCAGAUCAAGGCUGGGGCCUACGAUUUCCCCUCGCCAGAGUGGGACACUGUUACUCCAGAGGCCAAGGAUCUCAUCAACAAGAUGUUGACCAUCAACCCUGCCAAGCGCAUCACAGCCUCAGAGGUCCUCAAACACCCCUGGAUCUCACACCGCUCCACUGUGGCCUCCUGCAUGCACAGACAGGAGACGGUGGAGUGCCUGAAAAAGUUCAACGCCAGAAGGAAGCUCAAGGGUGCUAUUCUCACCACCAUGUUGGCGACUCGGAACUUCUCAGGAGGUAACAAGGCCAACAAGAAGACGGAUGGUGUGAAGAAAAGGAAGUCCAGUUCCAGCGUCCAACUGAUGGAAUCCUCUGAAAGCACCAACACCACUAUUGAGGACGAAGACACCAGAGUAAGGAAACAGGAGAUCAUCAAGGUAACGGAGCAGCUCAUAGAAGCCAUCAGCAAUGGAGACUUUGAGAGCUAUACGAAGAUGUGUGACCCCAGUGUGACAGCAUUUGAGCCAGAGGCUCUGGGUAACCUGGUGGAGGGCCUGGACUUCCACCGCUUCUACUUUGAGAACUGUAAGCUGCUCCCCUCC